AACCUGGCUGGAGUGUGUGUGUCCCGGGGCGUGAGGGGAGGGUGGCGGGGCCUUGAUGGCGGGUAUAAACUGCGUGGGUGGCGGUUGUUCUGUCAGACAGCUCCCUUCGUCUGGGUGGGUCACGUUCCUCCGUCAUGAUCGUUCUUCGUGUGGUUUGCGUCUUGGCGGUGGUGGGCGCCUGCUGGGGCGAGGCUGCCCUGCAUCCCGAGACCCGCCAGGGGCCGCAACAUGACCUGCACAGCAUCCCUCGCUACGACCUGUACGACAACCGCCACUACAGCGUGUACAACAACCCGCGCCUCGACGUGUACAACGACCUGGACAAUAACCUGCACCGUGCCUCUCCUGUCGGCCUGCACAACGGCCGCCACGUGCCUGAUAUCUUCCACCACGCCCCUGUCGUCCCCCCCCACCACAGCACCUUCAACGCUCCCGCCAUCACCUCUUAUCGCGGCCCCACUGUCGUCCCCGCACCGUACCUUGUCCCUCCCCAAGUCCACAAUGUUGUCCCCGUGCACGAGUCCCCAGUCAUCAUAGAGAAAACCCCCGUGCCGUACGCCAGCCCCGUGCCUCAGCCCAAACCUGUCAUUCCCAUCAGAUCUCAGUACCACGUGCAGGACGAGCUCGGCCAGUAUUCCUUCGGCUACGACGCUGGCAUUUCCACCCGCCAGGAGACCCGAGACGCCUACGGAAACGUGCGUGGCUCCUUCAGCUACAUUGAUUCCAACGGAAAGCUUCAGACGCAGCACUACACGGCUGGCAAGGGCGGCUUCAGAGUGGUGGGCACCAACCUGCCUGUGCAUGUGACCAACGAGGCACGCCAUAAGCGCUCCUACGCUACUUUCCCGGCAGCCACCGCGCCCCUCACCGCAGCUCACCACCUCCCAGACUUGAACCUCGUCACUCCCUAUCACGUGUACGGACCUCCGAGGCAAAGCUUCUCCUACAGCCUGCAGUCACUCCCCUCCCAUGUCUCCACCUCCACCAGGACCUACUACGCAGGACCCCGAGUCGCCCCUCACCACCGAAGACACUACUACUACUGCUUUGAUUCUCCUUCGUCACGACUUGCUACCUCGAAGAAGUGUCUCCGUCAUUGCGUGCUCACUCCACUCAGCAAUCACUCCCCUCGGCACUGUAGGCCGGCCUCAGGUGCCGUUAGUGAGGCGCGGGUUCAGGGUCUUGUGCAACUUCAGCUUGAUAUAACAGCGCGAGCAGCAGUCGCAGCACCGUCAGACAGCUCCCUGGUCUUGGGUGGGUCGCACAGAACAAGCGCCACAGCAGCCAUGGUCACGUUGCGGAUUGUGUGUGCCCUCCUAUUGGUGUCCAGCGGCCGCGCUGACCCGCCCCACUCCCGGGACCACGCAGCCACUGACACCAUCUAUCGCGAAACUGUGGCUCACGGUGGCUCAGCGGGUCACGGAGCUCCCGUUGUGGCUCACGGUGGCUCACUGGUUCACGGUGGUGCCAUUGUGGCUCACAGUGGCUCACUGGGUCACGGUGCUGCAGUUGUGGCUCACGGUGGCUCUGUGAGUCACGGUGCUCCUGUUGUGAGUCACGGUGCUCCUGUUGUGAGUCACGGUGCUCCUGUUGUGAGUCACGGUGCUCCCGUUGUGAGUCACGGUGCUCCCGUUGUGGCUCACGGUGGCUCUGUGAGUUACGGUGUUCCCGUUGUGGCUCACGGUGGCUCUGUAGGUCACAUUACCCCAGUUGUGAGUCACGGUGGCUCUGUAGGUCACACUGCUCCCGUUGUAGCUCACGGUGGCCUUGCAAGUCACGCUGGUUACGGUGGUCCCAUUGCCAGUCACGGCGUCUCAGUGGGUCACGGUGGUCCUGUUGUGAGCCACAGUGGCGCAGUGGGUCACGCCCCGGCGGUUCACGCCCCUGUGGUCAAGGGUGCUGUGAUCUCGCACGGGAGCGGCUACCAGGAGCCUGUGCGAUCCCAGUACCACGCCCAGGAUGCCUAUGGUCGAUACUCCUUCGGCUACAAUGCCGGCACUUCCGCCCGCGACGAGACCCGCGACGCCUAUGGUAACGUGCACGGCUCCUACACCUACGUCGACUCCUAUGGUAACCUGCAGACGCAGCACUACGUCGCCGGCAAGGGCGGUUUCCAGGUGGAGGGCACCAAUCUUCCCGUGCAAGUCAGUCAUGGACAGAGGUACAAACGUUCGUACGCUGUCUUCCCCGCCUCCACCAAGCCACUGGUGAACGGCAUCCCAAGUGGUCUCGUCACCACCGUGACGCGCCACCAGCAGGGCCCCGUGGUGGCAGACCUUCCUAGCCCUUACGGAGGUCCUCACGGUUAUGGCGGCGAGGUGGUGUACCAGCCUCCAGUGGUGCCCAACGAGGGCCUCAUUCAUGCCAAAGCUUAUGGCGUGUCUCCUCUCCUUGGAAACGCAAAUCUCCAUGGUAACUUUGACAAGCUCAGCUAUAAUGGAUUUUCCUAUGGCUUUGAGACUGGCCCGUCCUCCCUCGCCACCUACGGCACUCACUUCAACCAGCACAUCCCCAGGUACUCGCACUGAACCCUCGCCUGCUCGCCUGCUCCGCAGUGUGAAGACUUCUGGAUAGUCACGCUGAACCACGCCAAAACUUUCACUAAUAAACCUCGUACUUCAUGAAGUUUAGAGUUUCAAGAUACUUCAUUAGUAUUUUCAAUGCUGUCUUCACAUGCUAUAUACUUUCAACAAGAGUGAAUGUCUUGUACGUACUACCAGAAAUGUAUCUUCGUGAUGUUACACGCAGGGCUGGACGGGUUUGCGCUCCGUUUCUGUGAUCGGGGCACCUCGUGUAUAAAGCAUCAAGAAAGCAGAACAAUA